AUGUCAUCACCGAAAGUCACCAUUUCGACCGAAAUACAGGCAAAAGCCAAGCAAGCACUUCGAGACCUAGGUUACCAGCGACCAGAACUUGGCUACUCUCCGAUUCAGGCCAAGCAAAAGAUCUGCUUCCGAGGUGACUGGGAGAAGGGCAUCUUCCAUUGGGUGGUCGCAGUCGGCGAAGACCGAACAUGGUAUGACAGACAGUCAAAUAUCAUCGAUGAAGAUCUUUAUGAUCCGAACGACGAACAUAUCAGAGCUAAGAAGAAGCCUCACUAUCUCUAUGCUGUCUCGCAACACCCUUCGAAUUCCACGGCCGGUUUCAAGAUAGUGGAAGAGAAGUUCUUCACCAAGGUCCCGAAAUGGGCUGUUGGAGAUGUCUUCAAGAUGCAGGUCAAGCGAGUAGACUUCUACGCCAGUGGGUUCGAUGAUGCUGUAUGGGUCAAGAUAGAUGGUCUCCGGCUUGGACACGAACAUUGGAGUGGGUGGGAGUAUCAUUUCGAGAAUGCACCAGCAGAUCGUUGGUUGGGAGAGAGUGAUUUGAGGUACGAACUGGACUGCGAAGGACCCGGCGGUCAAAAUUCGAAAAGAUGGCCGACCGGAGACAGUGAUGGAGAGCUACGAGGCGCCACGAGUGAUUCAGGAGGUAGUCUUUGA